AUGAAGACAGUUCUCUGGGCCUUGGGACUGGGGACCCUUCUCUUCACUCUCAGGGCAGUCCCCAUUGGCGGACCAGGCGACCUGAGGCUGGCGUACAGACACAGUUCCUGCGACGGAGUGGUGCUGGUCCGCCACAAGGAGCAGUGGGGACACGUGUGCAACCAGGAGUGGACGUUGGCGGAGGCAUCUGUGGUCUGCAGGCAGCUGGGCUGUGGACAUGCUGUGGGUGCCCCCAAGUACGUCCCGUUGCCCGGGGAGAUGGUGCGGCCCUGGCUUCACAAUGUGUCCUGCAGGGGUGAUGAGCUUUCCUUCUGGGAGUGCAGCCUCGGGGCUUGGACUCGGAGCCAGUGCCCUCACGAGUGGGUGGUGGUUGCUCUGUGUGCAAAUGGCACCUUCCGGGAGAUCCGGCUGGUAAAGGGCCGCAGCCCCUGCUCUGGACUCCCCGAGAUCAGGAAUGUGAAUGGGGUGGAUCGCCUCUGCGGCCUGCAUGAGGAGGAGGCCACGGUGUUCUGCCAGGAGCUGGGGUGUGGGCCUGUGCUUCAGGCCCCCCGCCAAGACGUGGGGGUCGUCAGGAAGUACCUGACGUGCAGGGGUACUGAGCCCACCAUCCGGAACUGCAGACUCAACAAUAAUCUCCGCAGUGGUUGUGACUUCCAGCAGGACGCGGAGGUCGUCUGCUCAGGACACAUAGAAGCCCGGUUGGAGGGCGGUGAGCACCCCUGUGCCGGGCGUCUGGAAGUGAGGCGUGGCCUGACCUGGGGCACUGUCUGUGACGCUGACCUGGACCAGGCAAUGGCUCACGUUAUGUGCCGGGAGCUGCAGUGCGGCUCGGCUGUGUCCACUCCCGGGGGCGCCCACUUCGGCCGGGGUUCGGGGCCUGUGUGGACACAGGCCUUCCACUGUGCAGGCAAUGAGUCUCUGCUGUUCCACUGCCCCCAGGGGCCUGGGCACCAGUGUGGGCACCGCCAGGAUGCCGGGCUCAGGUGCUCAGGUGAGGCUGGGAGGUUCCGGCUGGUUAACGGCAGCAGCAGCUGUGAGGGGCGCGUGGAGCUCCAAGUGCAGGGGGCCUGGGCACCCCUCUGUGCUGCCCACUGGGACUUAGCAGAUGCCACCGUCCUCUGCCACCAGCUCAACUGCGGUAGUGCGGAGGCCACACCCCGAGGAGGCCACUUUGGGAACGGGGACGCUCCCAUCUGGCCUGAUGUGUUUCACUGUGUGGGGACAGAAUCCUAUUUGUGGAAUUGCCCAGUAAGCACCCUGGGGGCCGGGGCCUGUGCGCCGGGAAACGCGGCUGCAGCGGUCUGCUCAGGUCUCCUCCACGCCCUGCGGCUGAGGGACGGACAGAGCCGCUGCGAUGGCCGCGCGGAGGUCUCCCUGGACGGGGUGUGGGGCCGCGUCCUGGACGACGCGUGGGACCUGAGCGGCGCCCGCGUGGUGUGCAGGCAGCUGGGGUGCGGACAGGCUGACCGGGCCUACGACGCGCCUGCGCCCAGGCGCGGGGCGGUCCCGGUGGGGCUGAGCCGCGUGCGCUGUCGGGGCACCGAGAACCGCCUGACCCAGUGCAACGUGUCCGCAUCCCCGCUGGUACCCUCGGGGGCCUCGCGGGACGCGGGCGUCGUGUGCUCGGGGUCAGUGGCUCUGAGGCUGCGAGGUGGCAUCCACCACUGUGCUGGGUGGCUGGAUGUGUUCUACAAUGGGACGUGGGGCGCCGUGUGCAGUAAUGGCCUGAAGGACAUCUCCUUGUCCAUCAUCUGCAAGCAGCUCGGCUGUGGGGAGCAAGGCUGGCUAGAGAACAGGCCCGUCCACACUGGCUCGGGCAUCUCCUGGGUGGACAACAUCGAGUGCCGCAGGCUGAGAAACUCCACGCUGUGGCAGUGCCCCUCGGCACCAUGGUACCCACAUUCCUGCACCCCUGGAGAGGAGGUCUGGAUCACCUGUGCAGAGAAAAUGGCACAGGAUUCCGGGGAGACCCUCAACUGCUCAUCCACCCACAGCUGCCCAGAAGAGGGUAUGCUGCGUGUGCAUGGGGGCAAGGACAACUGCUCUGGCCGCGUGGAGCUCUGGCAUGCUGGCUUCUGGGGCACCAUCUGUGAUGAUUCCUGGGACUUGGCAGACGCAGAGGUUGUGUGCCGCCAGCUGGGCUGUGGCCCGGCUGUGGGUGCCCUUGUGGGGGCCGCCUUCGGGCCAGGCUCGGGGCCUGUGUGGCUGGAUGAGGUGGGGUGCCGUGGCAGCGAGGCAUCCCUGUGGAGCUGUCCUGCAGAGCCAUGGGGACUCGGAGACUGUGGGCACAAGGAGGAUGCGGGCGUGCACUGCUCCCGUGACAGGGGAACCACGGCCUUGCCACCAGCGCUGGCAUGGACAUCGGGCCCUCCCCUGGCCCCUCCAUCUGCCCUCAAGGCCGAGAACCUGCCCAUGACGUUUUGCUUUGUCCUCGGCACCCUUCUGGUUAUUGUCUCCCUGGUCCUGGGAGCGCAGUGGUACCGUGGCAGAACCCUCAGGGGUUCCAGGAUGUUGGGGAGUCUGCCCUCAGAAGGUGUUUAUGAGGACAUCGGAGCUGUCCCCAUGGGGGAGAAAGAUGAGGGGCCCAGAGUGUCCCAGAACCUGGCCCUGGAGGAGGAGUAUGAUGAUGCUGGGGAGCCAGAGCUGGGCCCUGAGGAGGAGGAGGAAGAGGAGGAGGCGCCCCUGAGCCCCACCGGUGGGGCUCCUUGCAGCCUCGGCCCCAAAGCUCAGGCUGAGAUGGAAGACACAGCGUACCCUAGGACGUGAUGACAGUGAGCUGGCCAUGGGCGACAUCAGUGAGACCAGAGGAGGGAGAGAGCCCAGGCCCUGGAGAGCUUUCA